GUUCGCUCACUGUCAACAUGGCGGGUGUAGAGUGAGGCGCAUGUCUAAACUUUACAUUGAUAAUUGAUUUCUUACACUAUUUAUUCUCUUUACGUGAAAGAAAGCCAUCGAACAAAACAUGUCCCGCCACAGGAAUGUACGAGGGUAUAACUACGACGAAGAUUUAGACGAUGAUGACGUGUACGGACAGUCCUUGGAAGAUGACUACUGCAUUUCACCUGCCACUGCUGCUCAGUUUAUCUACUCGCGGCAAGACUCAAGGCAUGCACGACAAGUGGAACCACUAGAGGAGGCAGAAGAUGAGGAAGAGGAGGAGAUGCCAACCUCACCCACAAUCACACACACACUUGACCCUCUCGAGCAAGGUCGGUUGUAUUCCUGUUUGGAUCAAAUGAGAGCAGUGCUGGGAGACUCGUUUCCAGAUGCCACGCUGACCCAGGCAGCUCUGAAGUACGACUAUGAUCCUCAAAGAGCCCUUGACUUCAUUCUGACUGAAGAGAAAACCAAUACAAACACCCUUUCAACCAGAACCAACCAACAGCCAGAGCCCGUUACGAUUCCUGCACCGCAAAAAGCCAAAGCACGGGAUGCACCAGAAAGUCGGGUCGAAACGGAGGUUGUACCAAAAGUUGCGCGUAUGACCGUAUCGGGCAAGAAGCAGACCAUGGGCUUUGAUGUACCAAGUGCGGAAGAAAAUGGCGUCAUUGCUUCUGCAGUCCGUAGGGGGCCAAGCCCAGAUGUCAUUGCCCCUGAGACCCCUUCCAAACCAGUGUGUGUGACUGAGGACCCAGCCACCCAAACUCAACCUCGCCCACCUGGAAAAAGCAAACAGCAACUCAACAUCCGUGCUGAACUGGAGAAGAGACAAGGAGGAAAGCCGUUACUUAACCUGGUUGUUAUAGGUCACGUAGAUGCUGGUAAGAGUACUCUCAUGGGUCAUGUGUUGUAUCUGCUGGGGAAUGUUAACAAGAGAACCAUGCAUAAAUACGAGCAGGAGUCCAAGAAGGCUGGCAAGGCAUCUUUUGCCUAUGCAUGGGUUCUGGAUGAGACCGGAGAGGAGAGAGACAGAGGAGUGACCAUGGAUGUAGGCAUGACAAAGUUUGAGACAAACUCUAAGGUUGUCACACUGAUGGAUGCGCCAGGACACAAGGACUUCAUUCCAAACAUGAUCACAGGUGCUGCGCAGGCGGAUGUUGCUGUGUUAGUAGUAGAUGCCAGCCGUGGGGAGUUUGAGGCCGGGUUCGAGGCAGGUGGGCAGACCCGCGAGCACGGCCUGCUUGUUCGAUCCCUCGGAGUCACGCAGCUUGCCGUCGCUGUCAACAAGAUGGACCAGGUGAAUUGGCAGCAAGAGAGGUUCCAGGAAAUCAUCUCUAAGCUUGGUCACUUUUUGAAGCAAGCUGGUUUCAAGGAUACUGACGUGUUUUACAUCCCUACAAGUGGCCUUUCAGGGGAGAAUCUCACUACGAAAAGUAAAGAACCAGAACUUACAGCCUGGUACACUGGACCGUGCUUACUGGAACAGAUAGAUGCAUUUAAGCCGCCUCAGAGGUCAGUGGAGAAGCCAUUCAGACUCUGUGUAUCAGACGUCUUCAAAGAUCAGGGCUCUGGGUUCUGUGUGACGGGGAAAAUCGAGGCUGGAUAUAUCCAGACAGGAGAUAAAAUGUUGGCCAUGCCUCCUAAUGAGACCUGCACCGUUAAAGGUAUAACUCUUCAUGAUGAACCAUUAGACUGGGCAGCUGCCGGAGAUCAUGUCAGUCUGACUGUAACCGGGAUGGAUAUUAUCAAAAUAAAUAUUGGAUGCAUAUUCUGUGAUCCCAAAGUGCCAAUCAAAGCGUGUACAAGAUUUCGAGCCAGAAUUCUCCUCUUUAAUAUUGAACUUCCCAUCACGCAAGGCUUUCCUGUGCUUCUGCAUUAUCAGACAAUCAGUGAACCAGCGACUAUUAGAAAAUUAGUCAGUGUAUUACACAAGAGCAGUGGCGAAGUUCUCAAGAAGAAACCAAAGUGUCUAAGCAAAGGACAAAAUGCAGUGGUAGAGAUUCAAACACAAAGACCUGUGGCUCUGGAACUUUAUAAGGACUUUAAAGAACUGGGCCGAUUCAUGCUUAGAUAUGUGGGUUCAACUAUUGCUGCUGGUGUUGUCACAGAGAUCAAAGAGUAAGACCCGGUUGAAACGGAAUCCUUCAGAACAUACUGGACGAAAUGAAACAGAAGUGCAAUUCCCCAUCUGACCAUUCACACACAGUCACCAGACCCACUGAGUGUAAUACUGCAAAUCAUUUUAAAGACAACAAAAGCCUUUCCAUAGGUUUAAUGUUGUGUGUAAGUGUAUUUUGUUAGUGUUGCUACUCAGUUUCCAAAUAUAUAAAUGUACAGUGUAAUCUUCCCAACAUUUCAUCUUGACCCAUCCUAAUAACAAGCACGCACAUGCACACAAAGUGUUUACUUAUACUCUAAUGUACUUAAUGUUUUCCUUCCAUUCACGUCAUCAAAGUGAAGUAAUUUACUUUUAUUAUGUGAUAUUUUAUUUAGAUUUAUUGUAAAUUUCAACAUUGUUCACUAAAAUAUGGGAGCAUACAGACAUUUGAUCUUAGAUCAUUGCAAAGGUUUUUAAUAUGAAUUAAUUGUGUGUACAUUAGUGAAGGGAACCAAGAGAAUAAACUAAACACAGCUGGCUGCUCAUAUCACCUCCAUCUGUUUCUCACGACAGAUAACAAUGUGAAUGCCUACUGAUCCAUUUUGCUACCAGUCGGUUUUUGGAUCAGUAAUGAGAAACUCAUUCAGGUGUCGGUUAUCAUACAGUAAUAACUCUAAGGACCUUCGGUUCAUCAGACAUGAAUAUUAAGAUGUUUUAAUUUAAGGAACUUUUUGUUUGGGUGUAUUAAAGAUGAAGGUCUGGGGAAGACGACUUGAGAGAAAUAAAUAUAUUCAUCACUGUGGAAA